AUGUCUAACUCUAACAGCAAAAUAUCUUUAUCCACUGAAGAUAAUCACGCUAUCAAGAACGAAUAUAAGACAUGGUACAAACAUGAUGGUAGUAAAUAUGGUCUGACUUCUAUGGAGAGACUUCAGCAAUUCAUGUUGAUGAACGGCAGAGAAAACCUCAAUAUGUAUCUUGGUGGUGACAAGGAAGGACGAACAUUCAAGUCGUCAAAGGUUACAAUACUAAAUAAAUGCAACCAGUAUUUUCAGGAGCAAGGAGUUUAUCAAACUACAAUCCAAAUAAAGUCGAGGCUUAACAAUCUUUUGACAAAACAAUAUAGAGAAGCCUAUCGUGUUUGGAAGAAUAGUAUUAAAAAUAAUUCUAAUGACGAAGGCUCUAUCAGUGAAAAAGAAGGCUUAAAGUCUGAAUUGAAUCAAAUCUACCCUGCUUUCUUUCAGAUGGAAAAGGACAGUGAGCAAAGCAAUGGCGAUGAUGACAACACGGAUGAAGAAUCAGCUGAAAACAGUCAUAGCAGCAACAAUGCAGAAUAUGACAGCCAAAAUGAUAACAUGUCUGUACUCUGCUCCUCUCCUCCUAAGUCAAGCUCUUCUAGAAAACACAGAAGAGUAGAUGUCAAAUAUAAAGAGUUAGCAAAAGAGAUAACAAGACAACUUAAUGAGUCUUCUGUGUCCCUAGAGGCAAAAAUAAAACGGCUUUAUAGAGAAAAGCUAGAAGUUCUUAAGGGCGAUCUUCACACUAAGUGA